CAUGUCUCUACCCAUGUGUCAAUUCACCACUUCUGUCAUCUGGAAGCCGGCCUCUGGGUUCCUCUCCAAGCCCAGUCCCUGUCAGAAUUUCUAUCCACAAUCCACCCAUCCCACUUCAGGUUCAAUUCCAUUUUUUGCUUAACCUUGCCUGCUUUCGUUCGACUUCCCGCCUGCGUCUCUGCCUGCCCAAUCAUGACCACGACCGCGCAGGCCUUACAGAUGACUCCAAGUGUCUCAAGGGGAUAGAAGUCGUCAGUCGGAAAAGACCUCCUUCCAGCCUGCAACCCCGAUUGAAUGCAUCGUCAACCCUUCCCUGACCACAUUAUUGUGCGGGCAUUCCUCACUGACGGACGGACCACCUCUCUCCAAAAUUCUUGUAGCCCUCCCACCCAACUUUAUCUUGCAAGGCAUAUACGGCGCAGGAGACCAACUUAAAAUUGAUUUCGGUUAUAGGCUCUCUGAGAAAUCCGAGAGUGAGGAGGACGAUUGUUCUGAACGCAGGUGACACUGCCUUUGCUGCAGCCAUCCCUAUUGAGGAGGAUGAUCUCAGUGGAUCUUUAGUCAAUCAAAUAUCAUCUUGCCAGUUCGCAGACUUCCAUGAUCGGCGGAGCGUAUCCGGGUCCCACACCGAAGUCGAAUAUCCCGAGCCUGUCGUCGCAGGAGUUUCUUCUGAGGUUGGACAAGAGGAGGGCUAUCACUCACAAGAUACGGGCAAAAGCGAUCGGUCUGCACGUCGUGAUAGGGUACCAUAAGCCUUGAGGCUGAGACCAGUGCCCCCCAGGAAGCACCACGAUCCGGCUCAUCAUAUCGAAGCAUCGUGACCGCACCUACAUAGCUGAAGCCUUACAGAGACUUUGAGUUCGAAAGGGGUGCUCACUUUCGGUUGCAGAGUACAUCCAGGUGCGGUGAUAUAUACGCUAAAAGCCUGGUGCCCUUCACUAUGUCUUCAAAUCAGAGGCCCUCGAUGGGACCCCCAGAAACACCGAGCAGAUAUAUGCAGCAACAGUCUCCGGGCCUUUUUCCAACAUUGCAGCUCUCUCCAGACAUGUAUGCUCACCAGUUCUCCGCAGGGCCGGUGACGGCCCCCAUAUACACGAGUCAAAGGCUCUUUUGGGAUCCCUCUCAUGUGGACUUCAAUGAUCCCUCUCUAUCCCAACAAUAUCAAGGUGCAUUUCACUACAGUCCAGUGGCACUAAGCAGCUCGUUUGCCUCUUCGUCCACAGUGGUACCCAGCUUUGUUGCACAAGAUGCGCUAUUGGAAGAGCAGCCUUACGACUUGCCCAGCCUGCCCCGUUCCGCCAGCUACUCCAAUGUCGACAGCUCUGCCUUUCCUGCCCCAUUCACGACCUCCCCCCGGAUGUUUCAACCACAGAUGGAGAACCCGAGCAUGUUUCUUAGCUCACCAGCACGACGAUUUGGCAGCGUGGACCAAUUUUCGAGUCGCUUCUCUCAGAUCGCUGUUCCCGAACGACCGGCUUAUGCGCAUCAGAUCGAGGAAUCCAGGCGAGAGGAGGAAAUGAAGCGCACACGGCGAACGGAGAUGAAGAAACCAUCCAUCACUCGAUCGGUAAUGGAAGCUUUAAAACGACCUAUCACCCCCAAGAAGGAUAGUAGACCGGGUCUCAAGCGGAGCUUGACACACACUGGAGUGCGGAAUGAUCGCAGCCUGAAACUCCAGACCCAGGGCAACCGUGAAGGACGCAACUCUCCCAUACUAUUUGAACAGAAUCGACACCGAUCAGGGCGCUCAUCUCCCCUGAAGCCUAACGCGGACCCCAUCUCGCGAGCUCUCACCAGCAGCCGCAAUGCCAAGCGAGCAUCUUUGUCGCUUGCAAUUGACGAAAAUGGCGUGGCCAAGACAGUCAUGACUCAAGAUGCUGGGGACAUGGACCUUGAUGAACCGUCGGACAGCGGGGCUGAGUCCUUUGAUGAGGGAGAUUUUGACAUCCUCCACAGCCAGAGCAACUCCUUUGCUCUCGCGGGCCAUCGGGAUCAAGCUCAAUCGGAUGGGCUCUAUGGUCAUUCAAAGACCAGUUCUCGUUCCACCAUGGCCUCGGUCAAUUCUGCAAGACAGUCAUCUUAUCAAAGCUCUGCCUCUAGUGCAUCGAAUACCAGAGGAAAUGAUGCACAUCAUGGUCGGAGGCAGCGGCCCAUUCUUGGCUCUACGAUUGAAGACGACACGCUAAUGGAGGAAGAGACCAGUGGUGAUGCCCAACAUGCAUUGCGAGCCAUAAUCCAAGAUCGGUCUCGGUCCACAUCGGCCCAAGGGGACAACAACAAUCCAAUGCAAUUACAUUCCUCUCCUCCCUUACAGCAAACCCAAUAUGCUUUGUACAACGUCUCGCCAACAACAAUCACGGAUCCAGAUUUAGCCACGCCGAGCACUGACAGGGAAAGUCUCGCAAGCAACGUGAGCAUGCGUUGCUUCUGCAAAUCUUCGAUGCUUGACGGAUCGGUGCCCAUGAUUCAGUGCGAUUCGUGCUCGAAGUGGCUACACACCACCUGUGUGGGCAUCGACCAUCGGAGGAGGCCCGAGCCAUAUAUCUGUGGUUUCUGCACACAGACCCCAGUGCGCCCGGGCCAUAACUUGCUGCGACCGUCUGCUCUCCCAUCGAAUGCAAGCCCGCUGGCACACAAGGCCAAGCGGCAUCGGUGAUGUUUAUACUGAUGAAUAUUUACCAUUCACAUUCGAAAUCUUGGGCUAUAAUAUCGUCUUUGACUUGGCCCUUGUUGUUGCACGUUCCUGAGCGACACCUUCACAUUGGAUGUUUCUUUAUAUUGAAGAAGUCUAUAUAUAGCGUCCUGAAGCAAGGAGCGGGACUUCUCAACCCAUAUACCCCUGGCCAUGUCUGACUUUGUGCUCUUUUGUCUGCACAUAUGAAACAAAAUCACCUGAAAUAUCAAUUUUAAUAGGAACAGAAUUACGAAUCGGAUGCCGGGAAGGGGGGUUUCUGGUUGAGGUUGACCAAAAAUCUCCUGGCUUGUUUUGCAAAGCGACUACGGCAAUGGUUGAAAGAAUGUCGGAGUUCGGGUGACACGACGAGUUCGUCGCGACGGCCAUGUCUCAGAUACCACACGGCAUGGUGCUUGAUGAAAAAGGGAUUGUUACUACCUAGGUACACUCUGCUAUAAUAAGAGCGUAGCCAUUGUUCCCAAGGUCUGCCUUAUGGACAUCGGCCACGUUAUUCA